UAAUACGGUCACAUAAUAUUUUUAAUAUUAUAGUUUUUUUGUUAAAAUAUUUCGCAUUUUAAUAAAAUAUAAUUAAAAUAAAAUAAUGUCAAAUCGAAAUUUUUUAAUACGUUCAGCAACACGUUUCGAUUACGGUCUAAUACGUUAUGGUUUAAAAAAUUAUUUUUGGACAUCGGAACCAUUAUCAACUGGUUGGAAAGAUCAAAAAGUACCAUCACUAUUAGAAUUUCGAUGGACAAUGACAAAUGUUAUGAAUGGUUUAAAUACAAUAUCAUUUGAUCCAAAUCAUUAUUAUAAUUUUAUUGGUUUUACUGUUAAUAAUAGAUGGAGUCGUAAAGAUACAAUGGAAACAUUAAAAUUAGCAAAAGAAUCAAAUGAUCAACGUUUAUUUGCAAUUAUAGGAUUACAAAAAUUAGCAGAAGAUGAAACUGAUUUAUAUAAUAAAUAUAAUGUUAAUGAAAUUUUCUCAUUGGGUAAUAUUGGUGUUCAUCCUGAAUAUUUUGGUAAAUCAUUGGGCUAUCAAAUGGUUUUAUAUUCAUUGAAUCGUGCAAAACGUAUUGGUUUUGAAUUAGCUAUGGUAAAUGCAACAAAUGAUUAUGGUAAAAGAAUAUGUGAAAAAGCUGAAAUGGAAGAAAUUGCUAAAAUACAAUAUUCAAGUAUUAUUGAUGAAGAUAGUGAAGAUAAAAAGAAAAUAUUUAAUUCUAGUUUAGAUGAUAAAAAAGUUUCUGUAUUUAUAAAAAAAUUUAAAUAAAUUUAUGGAAUAUAUAGGGUAAUGAGAAGUGUUAUAAUAAAUAGUUUUUUUUGUUUAAAUCAAAUGAAUAUUGUGAAGGAUUUUUUGUCCAAUUCUACGCAGAUUUCCAUGAAUUAAUGCAAAGUGCUUGUAUAAAUUAAAUCAAGUGUAAUUUAAUUCUGAGAUUGGUCUAUGAAAACAUUAUUCACUUUAUUUAUUUUUUCACAAUCCCUAUAAUGUCGACUCAUCUUGUCAAAUGUAUUUUUUAUAUUAUUCUUAAAAGAUUCCUCAAUUCAAUUUAUAAUAAAAAUAAUUCUCAAAUGUAAACUAAAUUAUAUAUGUAUGUGUAUAUAUAUUUGUAUAUAAAUUAAAAUAAAAUAUAAAAAUUAAAAUUA